UCACAUGUGGAGUUUAGUGAAAAACUAAUAUGGCGGAAAUCGUGGAAAAAGUGUUGGCUCGUGCCUCUGAGACAGCAGAAAAAUUUAAGCCUGUGACGGUUUCGAAAGACAUUGAUGUUGAGUUUGAUCUUGGAAAUCUUUUAGUAUCUGAUCCAAACCCGAUUAAUACAAAACUGUUAAGAACAGAGCAAGAAGACUACAUAAAAGCUUUGGCCAGAGACAAUACACAACUUAUCAUUAACAAAAUUUGGGAGCUCCCAACGGAAAGAUUCGAAGAUGCUCUGGUUGUUAAGCUUCCACCACCAACAACAAUUGUACCCCGAGAAAAACCACUUCCUAAGGCUAAGCCUCCUACGAGAUGGGAACAGUACGCUAAGAAGAAGGGCAUUCAAAAAAGGAAAAAGGAAAAACUUGUGUGGGAUGAGACAGUACAGGACUGGAAACCUCGAUGGGGUUUCAAAAGAGUUAACAACGACAAGAACGACUGGUUGAUUGAAGUUCCAGAAAACUCGGACCCUAACAUAGAUUACUUUGGGAAAAAAAAGGAAGAAAAGAAGGAAAGAAUAGCUAAAAAUGAGUUCCAGAGACUUAGGAAUAUUGCUAGAGCUCAGAAGACUAAAGUCCCCGGGGUAGGCAUAACUCCAUCAGAGACACCCAGCAAACAACAGGUAAAUAGGAAUUUUUUUAGAUGCCAAACUAAUGGUUAUUUUGAUUCUACACAGUUUGAGGCAAAUGUUGGUGAUUUCAAUAAGGAAAAAGGGAAAAACCUACAGAUCCUGAAAGAACUGCAGAGUAAGAAACCGAAGCUGGAUGUCGACAAGGCUGUGAAAACACUUUCCCAUGAAGAAAGUCAAUCGGGUGAUAAGAAAAAAGAGCCAAAGAGACGGAGCAAAAGUGGAGGAAAGAAAGGAGCUAACAGAAAACCUUUUGUUGGGAAAGGAAAGGGAAACAAGAAGGGUAAAAAGAGAUAAACUGCAGCAUCUAGGUGUUAAAAGUUUGUAAAAAAGAAAAAAUUAAUAAAAAAUGAGUGUU